UUGUUUGCAGCUUUUGGUUGGAUGGUGGUGGUGGUGGCAGGAGGGGGUCCAGUCAGCUGUUUCCUCACUCUGUGUGUGUGUGUGUGUGUCUGGACAGUGUGGGAAUGCGUGUGAGAAAAAGUUGCAGACAAAGCUCGGUCGAGAAUCAGAGUGUGUGUGUCGGACGGUGAGGACACACACACACGCGGUGUCGGAGCAUCCGCAGGACAUGUAGUUUGGAGUUUGGCUGCAGCGGGAAGAUUUGUUUUAGUUCCUUUUCUUUUUUUACUUUCUUUUAGUUUCUUUAGUUUUUCAGUUUAAACUGUCGAGCUUCAGUCAGUGGAAUCCCAGCUUUACGAGGGUCUGAGCAGAGAUCUAACUGCAAAGGAGACGAUGCAGCCUUCAUCGGGGAGUCACAGCCCUGACAGCUGCGUUCAGACGCAGCUCUGCGCCCAGCUGCAGUUCGUCCAGAUCCUGGUGAUCGUGGUGGUGAUGAUGGUGAUGGUGGUCGUCAUCACCUGUCUGCUGAACCACUACCGCCUGUCAGCACGCUCCCUCCUCUCCAGACACGCCCCCACGCGCAGGAGACACCUGCCAUUGGCCAGCGAGGGAAGUCUGUGGUCUUCUGAGGGCACAGGGACAAACAGUGGCCUGAAUGACCACCAGGUGUAUAACCCACGCCCUCCAGACAGAGGGGUCCCCUCAUCCUACCUACAGCGGGAGCCUCAGCACGCCCAGUCCCAGCCUCCUCUCCAGUCCCAGCGCUUCCAGCACACGUACGCCCAGAGUCGCUUCCAGCCGACUUACCCCUACCUGCCCCAGAGCCUCAUUGAUCUUCCCCCCACCAUCUGCCUCUCAGACGGGGAGGAACCCCCGCCGUACCAGGGCCCCUGCACCCUGCAGCUUCGAGACCCGGAGCAACAGAUGGAGCUGAACCGCGAGUCGGUCCGAGCGCCGCCCAACCGAACAGUGUUCGACUCCCAUCCGCUCAACCCAUCCAGCUCCUGUCUGCAGGCCAGUCUGCAGGCCCCUCCUCCGAGCGUCCACCCUGGCAUCAGCGUGUUAGAAGCCCAGGACGCUUUGUCCCGGCAGCAGAAGCAGGGCUCUCGAGUGGAAGGAGCUCCCCCAACCUACAGCGAGGUGAUCGGGCACUACUACCACCCGACGUCCCUGAGCCCGAGCCACAAUCAUCGGACUUCGCAAGCACCCCCGUCCUCGCUCAUACACGGUCUGCUCCGACCUCCACCUCAGCAGCAAGGAAGUGUGGACAACAGGAAUGCAAGGAAUACGAAGGAGAAAUCGCAGAAGCCCCAGCAGGUGUGAAAGUACUGCUUCCUUAUUCCUAGCCCGUGGGAAAAUCAGGAUUAUGUCUGCUCACCACUUUGGAAGUGGUCAGUGGCGAACAAGGAACAACUUGGACAAUGGUAAAAUCCACUCUGAAUGGUUUAAUGGCUGGUUUAGUUGUUGUUGUAGCUGACAUGUGGUCACUUUCAGUUCUCCCACUUCUUGGUUCAGGCUAGGACUGUGAAGCAUCACACGCUGGCUUUCCAUUCAGGUAAGAGCACCUGAAAACUCCUGCAUAGCACAGUUACAGGAGAAAAUCUGGCACUCCCUGUACCACAGCUUCCGCUACUUCCUGUCUGAGGAGCACUUCAGAUGAACCGACGAUGAUGUCAGAGAAGAGGGCAGGAGGUGCUAAAGGGAAGGGUGGAGACAGAAACCUCCCUCUGCCCCUAACAUCACCUCCUCAUCCCUCCUCUAUUAGACUGAUCUCACUACUCUUCACUCAUUAUAAAUAUUUACGUGUUCUGUUUGUUUCUCUAGAACCUUUUGUUUGUUUGUUCGUUCGUCUCUUUCGCGCUCACAGGAGAAUUCCUAUCCACGCAAAUGGCGAAAUGUUGCAAUCUUCUUGGUUCUUCCAGGUUUUCUUGUUUGUUUUCUCGUGAUAAUCGCCCUCGCUGCUUUGACUCCUCUUAGUUCUGUUACACGUUCGACUGCACAGUCCAGCGUUAGCGGUGGCUCCUGCACCAGGCUUUAGCUGUAUCACUGGGACACGUGAGCACGUUAGAGUAUAAGGAGUUUAGAUUUAGUUAGCUUUGUUAGCUUAAACUAGCUUACCAGUUGUAGCACAGUGCUAAAAGUCCUUGAGCUAAACGUUUUGCCUUAAAUCGACCAACCGAUGCAGGAGUUGUUGCUAAAAUCCUUUUAUUUUUUUUUUUACUUUAUUUUAUUCUGAAGAAAGUUUGCACAAAGUUCAAGACUGUUCACCACAGAGAGGAGAAGAGAGAAAACAGAGAAAGUAGGGUUAUUUUUCUAAACUUGAUAGAUUCGUAUGAGUAAAGAUGUUUUUUUUUGUUUUGUUUUAUUUUAUAUGUUGUCUAGUUGUAGAAAAAGAAACAAACAUCUGUAAUCUGUUGGGGUGCCAACUUUCACGUUGAACAUUUUGCUACAUACAUGUUGGCAUGUAUAUACGUUACAGAAUGAGUGUAUAUAUACACACAUGUAUGCAAACCGAGAGCGAACUUAAAAAGCACGAAUUUAGAGUUAUUUAUAUAAUUGCUGAAAAGAAUUGCACUAUUUUUUAGGAUGCGCAGAUGGAACGUGUGAGAGAGACUUUUAUUGUGAAGGAGCUCCGUCUAUUGAGGCGUAAAACUGGUCGAGAGAGACCUGAAGCCGCUCACCAGAGGGUCGGACCAGCUCAGUGCACCGCGUCCAGUAUCAUGAUAUCACAUCUUGGGGAGAUUCUGACUUUGGCUCAGCAGACUCAGAUCGACCAUUAAUGUACCAUUGAUAAAAAGACAAAUAAAUCCCUCGUUUAUGCAAUUAUGUCCGAGUCCUGCGAGCCGAUCGCGAGUCAGCCUGUGGGCCCAAUCAUACACUCUGCUCGUGCCUCUCUCUCUUUUUCAUCUUAUUGGCCGAAUCGUUAGCCAAUCCCAAAGCUGGCUGUCACUACCUCGACCACACAAGUCAAGCACAUACGAGUCUGCUCACGUUAAUCGGACUUUGUCUCAUGGACGAGCGUCUGAACCAAUCAAGACGAUGUGUAAUGUAACAGUAGAAGAGAGUCGAGUAGAGUAGGACGUAGCAGAGUUAGCUUUUAAUCCUCCUGUGUGUUAUUUUAUUUGAAUGUCAGAAUUUUCGUUCGUUGGGUGAAAAGAGAGAGAAACAUUGCAGAUCCAGCGACGCCUAACGUCCCCUUCGCGGUGCGACACUGAGGAGGGAAGCCAGGUUGCCCUACAGGCCCUGAAUAAGUGAUACGCUGACUCACACACACAUAUGAAGACCAACAUUGUGCAUCACACACUUCCAGCUUCUCUCCUACCUUCUCACACUCCCCUCUGGUGAGUCCCUCUCUCUCGAUCUCGCAGGCAUCUCUGAGCACUUUACCGCACCAGGACUGAGACCACAAUCUUCUGUCAGCCAGCGUCGGCCUCGGCUCGCCGCCAGAUGAUAAAACUUUUAAAAAAAAAAAAAACUACGGUAAAAUCCUUUAAUUUUAUAGGUUAUAAUUCCCCGACCUUCAUUUCCACACUUUUAAAAGAUGCAAAGAGUUGUGCUCUGAAACUCUAAAUAUCCUCCAAGAGGUAAACAAAUCAUAAUCCCGCUGUGCAUCAGUGAUUCGUUCUUCUGUGCGAUCAAGUCCUGAUUUCUACAAAACCCAUAUUACAAGCAAAAUAAGUAUAAAAUAUAAAGUUUUCGUUUUUCGAUACUGCGGACCCACUUUGGUCGGCUCCAAAAACCGCAGGUUUGAUAUCCAGCUGGACUAAUGGCUGACUCGCUGAAAGAUCACAUGACCUUGUGUCCCUUUAAAGGUGACUGUUUGUAUUUUUGUUUAUUUUAAGCCUCCUCUUCCCUCGGUGGAUAUUUCGGUUUUGGAGCAGAACUCUUUGUGCGCUGAACGCAGCACGAGAUGGGUUGUUGCAAACGAGACACGCUGAAGUGUUGAAAAGUGACACAAGUGUUAAUAGCAACUCAUCUUUUGUCAUCCCUUCGAAAGUGUAGAAAUGAAGGUAAAACUUUAGCAAAAGUGAAAGAUUAGAAAAUGCAGUUUGUAGGGUUUUUUCUGAGUUGCUGCUCCUCUGAAGUUUGCCAGACGUUGCGAAUUUAUAUCGAUGUGAAGGUACCACGUGCCCAAAAGAAGCCAGCACCCUUUAGCGUCCAGUCUUUAUGCAACAGCGCCCUCCACAGGGACCAAACCGAAGUGCAGCCAAAACUCCCAAAGCUAAGUCAGCUUAACUUUGUAGAGGAGAGGAGAGAGUCAAAAGGCCAAAAAAAUUGUUGACAUUUUAUAUUCUAAUUUGGUGAAUCCUUGAAUUCUUUAUCCUUUCUUUCCUUCUCAAGUGAAUCGCAGGUGUCGAAGGACGUACUGCGCACCGUUUAUCGCUCCAUCAGAGUCACAGAGCUAAGCAUGCGUUUUUCCGAUCUUUUAAGUUGUUUCCAAAAGAGUCUUCUGAGCGUAUGGAUAAAAACUAGUCUGCUGUACAACAACAACGACUUUUAACUUGACUGCCAAGUUGUGAUGCUGUUUUCUGUCCCAGUCGAAGACCAGAAAUGUGACACAACCAUUUUUGUUCUGGUUUCUGGAAAUGCAGUAUCUUCAAAUCACAAGUUCUUCAACAUCAGUUCACCUUUCAGAAAAACAAAUGCUUGCUUCUGUGACCAGACUGACCAAACUUUUAGUGUGUGCACAAAUAAUAAUGAUAAAAUCAUGAUGUAAAGAAAUGAAUCUCUUGACCCAAAGCAGCUAAAGGAGUGACGAGCGGAUCAAUCAAAGUACGAAUCACCUUUGACCUCAGAAUGAGAUAAUGAGCCCAGUCCCGACAUCUAGUUUAGAUAACUUAUUGACCUUUCUUGCCUUUUCCCUUGCACCAGUGUAAUGCUUGUGUUUGGACUGGGCUGUUUACUUUUUUAAAAUGGUUUGGUUCCCUGCUCUGGAGGGUUUGCAGCGGGUAUGAGAAGGCUGGACAGGCUCUGAUCAGGGCUUCACCGUAGAAACAAGUGGUAGUUGUAAUAAUUUACCCAUAAUUCCUGAGAAGAGUGUAGGAUCAAUCUCUCGCUUCAGGGAAACCUGCGCUGGCUGACAAUUCAAAAAAACAAAAAAUAAAAAAGACAGAAGAAGAGGAAGAGGAGGGGAAAACUCCGUCAGAGGCUCACACGUUUACUCAUUCACUUUCCAUCUUUUCCAUCAGACUUGUCCUUCGAAGGCACUUCCUCCUAGUCAGUAUGAACAGAACUCUUUUAAUAAGCCUGUCCGCAUGUCAGGUUUGGCAGACAUUUCCUCUAAGGUUCAGCUUAAGUUGAAAUCCACACAAAAACUACGCAUUCACACAUGAAACCAAUCAGGUCCGAGCCAGAAAUAAUCUGCAUGUUUGUACAGGACGAACAUUUCCCUUUGCUUUAAGCCGGCGUGAAGGCAGACUGGCUUUUCCCAGGGCAGUGUGUGUGUCUGUGUGUGUGUGUGUGUGUGUGUGUGUCCUGCUAAUGUACACUGACUUGACCUGGGAAAGACCUACAGCUGUCUAGACAAAACCUAAACACACACACACACACACACACAGAAGGCAGACUAAACAAACUAACCUAAGAACCAGACCUUAGACACACACAGGUGCACUCUCAUUCAUCUUGUUCUUAUUGUGGACCACACAAGAUAGUGAAAAUAUUUAUCUCACACACACACACACACACACACACACACACACACACACACUCACACCUCCAGGGUUGCCUCCCUACCUUCUUCUUCUUCUUCCUGUCCAAACGAGCUCUUCCUGUUCCCUAGAGAUGCCUGCUGUCCAAUGACAGAGCUCCUCUCAGACCAUCCCUCGCUGCCAUUGGCCGGCUGUUUUUCGGUCUCCUAGGAAACGUUUAUCGUUUAUUGUCGUUGCUAUGUCAUACAAGUGUGCCUGCCUGCGCUGAGACAUGCAAAAAUGUGAGUGGCCAUUCUGGGCUGUCAAUCACCCCAGGCCACGCCUCCUUACUGUCUCAGAUAAUGAUGAUGAUUGGAUGAUGAUGAUGAUGAUGAUGAGUUGAGGAUGAUGAAGAUAGAUGUUUUUGAUAGUGAUGCCGCAGAGAGUGUUGCAAUACACCUACUAUUUGCCUUUUUGAUAAUAUUAGUCAUAUUUUAACGUAGUGUGCUAUUUUUUAUUAUUGUUGUUGUUGUUGUUGUUGUUGUUUAUUCACUUGAAAACAAAAAAAGGUCAUUUUUCUUUAAUCCAUCGAUCACACAAACCUUUUUUUUUUUGUUAAACCAACUUGGAGAGUGUGAAACUACCUAACACACAAAAGCUGCAGGUCACUGGGAGGACGUGUGAAUACAAGAAAAUGUUCUUCUGCUUCUAAGUGCCCUUUCCAGUUUAAAGAGCAAAUGGUGCGUUUUGUCACGCUGUGAUUUCCAUACUUCACCAUAGCUGAACACGUCGAAGCUCGCUAAACGCGUGCAAGCCGCCACCGUACACUCACAUGUGCACUUCAUUCAGUCCUGAAGUCAUCUUCUUUUUGAGCACAUUUUGCUCACGCACUUACGAGUUCAAGUAUGCUUCUUUGUGCGUGUAAAUGUCGGGUCCCGGUAGCCCAGUUUGUCCGAUGCGUCCCUAAUCAUCACGUCUACUCGUCCGGCCCAGCGUCUACAUGUGUGCCUUCUGGUGUCCGGGCUCAGAGGAGACUUCAUCCGUCUGUGAAACAUGUUCUAGUGCAAUGAACCCCUCAGAUACUCCAGUGCUGUUGCCUUGAGACACUUGAGAUAGCACCAGAACAUCAAGACAGCACAUGUGCUCAUUCCAGGACCUGGAUGUAUGGAAGCCCAUUUAUGCCAGGAAAAGGAAGAAACAAAAAAAUUGAGAACUAAAAAAAAAAAAAAAAAAAGAUUUUUUUUUUCAAUGAAUAAACUCUUUGUCCAAAAUACUCAAAAUUAUGACUUUGUAAGUGGUUUUAAGAUCUAUUUUGACAAUGUUAUGAUAUUGAUUUACGAAGUCACAUUUUUUACUUGCAGUAUCAUCAAUUUAAGUGGGUAUUUUUCAUCAUUUCUUUUCCUAGCAGAAAUGUGCUUCCAUGACAAUGAGAAAAUAUGCCGAAUAUUUUCACAUUCAGCUCACUAGCUGCUUAUGCUGCGCUCCACAGAUGUCAACAGGUCACAGAUUUGGUUAUUUUGUGUAUUGUUUGCAAAGCAUGUCCCUGAACGCAUCAUAUUACCAGAGUUUAGUUGCUAACUUCCUGUGUGAGCAUUAGCAGUUGGACAGCUUGUUUCUUCUUCUUGUUCAUGUUGAGGUUAAGUAAAGUCAGUAAAGUUCAGCUUCUUGUUGUACUUCUGACAUUUAGUGGAACGCAGCAUCAGAAGUGGAAUUACUGUACAGGAUAAUGGUUCCAAUAUGGCCGCCGUGAAAAUAAACACAGAAUGUUUUUCUGUUUGGUCUACUCAAAGCCUCUGGCCUCCAUCACACACACCACAGGCCAGUUCUCUGUACACAGCAUCAUUUUAGACAUUUCCAAAGAAGAAAUCAUUCUGAACGAGACUCUUGAGUUACACCUGACUUGAACUUUUUUCUCUUUUUUUGUUUUGUUUUCUUUGGGCAAACACUUUCUCGAGUUCCUGUAACACAGUUGUAGAAAAGUAUUUUAAGUACGUAAAAAACACAUACUUGUGCCUGUUUGGAAGAAGAACUCAUUAAGAACUUAAGCGACUGGCGGGAGGCAAAGUGUGUGUUUUAGCUCGUUCUGCGUCGUGUGUUCUUUUCUGCUCACUCUGCUCUUUGAAUCAGCGCUGCGUGGCGCAUUUCCUCUGACAAUGCUGAAGAAAAACACUCUCUUUUGGUUGCAGUAUGUAUGUGUGCAUAUUCAAACAAGCGCUUCGAUAUGUAACGGGACACGGCGGCGCUCUGACGCUUGUCCACCGCGGCGACUUUUGUAGAAGUCUUCCACCUGUUGUUCAGUUUUAUCGUGCAAGCAUGUAAAAUGUGGGACUUGUACAAUAAGUCAGUUUUUUUUCUGCUCAGGGUUCCUACACACGGCUGGUCCAGGGACAGUUUGAUAAAAGGCCUGAUGAUCAUCGUCUUUGAAGUCUUUUCCAUUGGGCUCUCAAGCCAGACAUCAGUUUAAAUGUGUAGGAACCCUGAUCUGUUUCUGUAGAAAAAAAUGUUGGGUUUCCCUGAAGUCACAUUUGGCACCAGGCUCUUAAUUCAUCCACUGAAGUGCAGUGGGAGGAAGAUGAGCCCAGUGCUGACGGACUGAGGGUUUAAAUCCAGUCUGUUAUCUGUCACAGCAUGGCUCACAUACUUAUAUAGAGGCCUACUUAUUCUCAAUGAUAAUAAUUGCUUUUGUGUGUAUUAAAACAGUUUAUUUUAAUUUAUAUUGGAUGGUCUGCGUGUUGCAAGGUUUGUUAUGUUGUUGUUUUCUUCUUUGUUUGUUACAAACAGAAGACAAAUGGUUUAUCGUUGUUGUCACAGAACAUGGUAUGAAUCGGACACAUUUCAGUUAGCCUUCGAUUUAAAAUAAAACGAAUUAAAAAAUUUUAUAAAUA